AUGAUCACACAUUCUUACCACUCCGCGCCCCCCAACACGCAAAAGCAGCAAUGGAUUUUGUCGUUACAAAAAGCAUCCCCUCUCUUCCCAUAUCUACCUACCCAGAUACCGUCCUACAUCUUCUUGCAUGAUCAAUCUGCAAUAACACUAAUUCUUAAUAACAGAGACGCAGGACACCAAUACCAAGUUUUUCUCAGCAUCGCUCCUGCAUCAAGCAUACCAAGAGUCCUCAAGAUGGUUUGGGGCAAAACCGCCAAGACAUACAAAAAGAAUCAGCAACAAUGGACAAAACCCCGAGCAAAUGUCGCAAAUGAGAAGUCCUACAAAAAGAACCAGCAAAUAUCCCGAGCGGAUAUUGCAAAUGAAACAUGGGGGACGGAACCAUGGGUGACUACACCUAGCAUGGGAGAGACUCCAACAACCAAUGAAGGCCAGCGACCUUACACCUGGGCAGAUGAUCCGGGCUCGAAAGUACCCGAGAAAACCCAAGAGCAAAUUCGCAAAGAGGAAAUGCUGGAAAAUCUGGAAGACUGGCCGUGGAAGGGAGCUCCGAAGAAGCUAAUUACUGUGGCUCCUUACUCCUUCAAUUCUCGUCCCGGUUCACGAUUACUCCUCCCCGAAGCAGAGCAGAAGUCUCCCCUGUUGAGACUUUUGGAGCAUGAUCUCAUACGUGAGAAAAUCAUGUUUCUCGUGCUGCAAAACCAUUUUGAUGCCGCCAACUUUUCUUCCACUUGCCGCUUGUCUUUUAAUCUCGUGUCUUAUCAAGUUGGUAUCUGGGAUUUCACGACUUCUUAUUUCAAUAAUUGCGAACUUCCCAGAAAGGGGCCCGGCUCUACGGAAGAGAGACAUCGGAUGGGCUACGUGCAGUCCGUUACCCUCGUAAGUCCAGUAAGGGGCCAUGAACCAGAAAUCACUUGUGAGGACGGGAAGAAUGAUUAUCUCUAUUCCAAACAAAUUGCGAGCCUCAGAACCAUGUGCCUCGCUAUGUACAAUUUCGCGGACUACUUUAAAAACCUACAACUUCACAGAAUCCCUUUUCUCACACCGGAUUUGCUUGCUCUGCUGAUCCCAAAUAUGCGGAACCUAGAGGUGUUGGGGGUUUAUAAAUGCCCCUUGAUUCACAUUGGACAUACCAUGAGGCUUUUGGAUAUCAUCAAGACGGACAAACCUCUCGAGAAAGAGAACCAGGUCUACCUGGAUUUCUUCCCCAACUAUCAUGUUGGCCCAAAGUACUAUCCUGGAUAUGCAUACCACACUGGGUCCUAUGGUGUUGUGUGGGACAAUUGGAAUGCGGAUACUCGCCUGGCUAUCUGGGCCUUGGUCUCACGUAUCCUCCCAAAGGCACUGGACCAAGGUAUUGACCUGACGGGACCCAAUACAGCGUUUCGAAAAUGGUUGGAGAAGUCUCCUUGCUGGCGUAUCGACGAGACGCUGAAGGAUCUCAUGGAUCCGACAAUCCGCCCCGUGAAGCUGGCAGUCUCGGUUGACUUCCCUCACUACCACGGCAGAGAGGAUUAUUUCACGAGCAAGAUCCCAAAUCGCCCAGAAAGCUGGGAGUGGGCCGUUCAGCAUUACAUCAGGGCAGCUAGAAAUGCCGGAGUGCUCUACCAAGAACAUCCACCCAUCAAGUGUCUAGGAUGCACCUUGAGCGACGACCUCGACGCUGAGACAGAUCACUACAAGAACAUCAAGCGCGAUAUCAUCCGCCGCUGGCUCGAGGACGAAGAAGGCCCUAACAUCACAGAUCUCGCACGAGCUCUUGAAGACUUCGAGGAGAAGAAUGUCGCUAGUGAUAUCGAGGCCCUGGACGAACGUCGAUUCAAGCAUAUGCAUCGCCUCGCCCCCGAGCUCUGCUAUGACCGCGAGUACGACGAGCGACAGAACGAGCUCACUCGUGCGGAGCUGGGCCGGCUCGGCCUCAAGAAUAUAGCCCCGCAAGUAGGCCAAUAUGAGCAAUGGCUAGAGGAGCAGAAGAAGGACGACGAAGAUAAGCAAUGGACCUGGUUCCGCUCAGAUCGCGUCUUUGGACAUGGCCAUGCCCACUGGUAG